AACCGAUAAUCGACCCUCUACACUCCUUUUUUCGUCCUUUCAAACUCAAACACCUAUCAGAAAAGGACUGACGAUCAUUUUCUCGGUUGGUGCAUGCCUCUUCGGCGUAUUUAGACCUCACUCGCCCUCAUCCUCUACCCCACCUUCACGAAUGGUAGCCAUGGCUGCAAAUGGAAGCGGGCCUCAACAGGCGUUUGCGCCUGUUUUGACGGCCAUGUCAACCAUGCGCGAUGGACAGAGAGAACAAAAACAGGCGGCGCACUCGUACUUGGAGAAAUUUCAAAAGUCGACAGAGGCCUGGCAGAUCACAAUUGGAAUCUUGCAGUCUCAAGUUGAUGCUGAACAUCAGAUGUUUGCGGCUACAACUCUGAGAGGCAAGGUCACCUACGAUAUCCAACAAAUACCAGCAGGCGCAUUACCCGAACUUCGAGAUCAAAUUUUAGGGCUUUUGAAAGUUUUUGCAGCGGGCCCGCGACCUAUUCGAACUCAACUAUGUGUUUGCUUGGCCAUUUUAGCAAUACAAAUGAUAGGCUGGAAAGAUGUUGUGCAAACGAUUGUAUCAGCAUUGGGUAAUGAGGCUGAGAGCCAUGCCUGUAUCCUGGAGUUUUUGAAGGUUCUUCCCGAAGAAGUCACCGAAGGACGCAAGAUCAAUUUGACUGAAGAAGAGCUAUCUCAAAGAGCACAGGAGCUGUUGGGAGACAAUGCUAGCCUUGUUGUAGGGCUAUUGAUCAGCUAUGCUCAAUCAUCAGAUUCCGCGGCGACGAACCCCCAGCUUCUCGAAGUCAUAACAUCCUGGUUGCGAGAAGUGCCAGUAGGCGACAUUGUGAAUUCUCCUCUCUUGAAUAUCAUAUUUAACGCCCUGGACAACGAUCGAUCGUUUGAGGCUGCCACAGAUUGUUUAGUUGCAAUUUUCAAAGAAACUCGCGAUGUGGAUGAAUAUCUUUCUACGAUCCAGAUUCUAUUGCCUCGGAUUAUCGCUCUACGUCCUCGUAUUCAACAAGCAGCAGAACAGGAGGAUACAGAUCUAUACAAGGGUAUUACUCGUAUCUUCGCUGAAGCUGGCGAAGCCUGGGUAGUCCUCAUUGCACGUGAGCCAACAUCGUUCCGCCCUAUCGUUGAGGCCGUGUUGGAGUGUGCUGCCAGGGAUAUUGAUAGGGAUGCCAUCGCCUUGACGUUUAUCUUCUGGUAUGAGUUGAAAUUGUAUCUCAUCCUAGAAAGAUACAUUGAAGCUCGCAUGCAAUACGUGGAUAUCUAUUCAAAGCUUGUGGAUGUCAUGAUUAAGCAGCUAGAGUACCCAAGUCCGGAUGGCGCUAAUGAGGCUGACCUAUUUGAUGGAGAUCGGGAAGCAGAGGAGAAGUUCCGCGAGUUCCGACAUCAUAUGGGGGACGUCCUCAAGGAUUGCUGCGAGAUAAUGGGCGUCACAGAGUGUCUUUCGAAGGUCCUUGUAUGCAUCAAGACUUGGAUGGCUUCCUAUGCCAGCCAAGCAACUGAAAACUCCGUCCCCCACUGGCAGCAGCUCGAGGCACCUCUUUUCAGUAUGCGUGCAAUGGGACGCAUGGUGGACAAAGAUGAAGAUAUCAUCCUCCCGCAAAUUAUACCUUUGAUUGUUCAGAUACCCAACCACGAAAAAUUACGCUUCGCUACGAUCAUGGUACUUGGUCGAUAUACGGAAUGGACGUCAAACCACCCCGAAUUCUUGGAAAUUCAGUUUACGUACAUUGUAUCAUCCUUUGGAACGGAUUCCAAGGAAAUCGUACGCGCGGCUGCCAUGGCUAUGAAAUUCUUUUGUAGCGAUUGUAAACAUCUCCUUAGCGGGCAGGUGGUGCAGCUUCAAAACUUUUACGAUCAAACUCUGGAUAAAUUACCGGGUAUCAGUCAAGAUGAACUGACUGAAGGUGUUGCGUCUGUUGUGGCAGUCCAACCGCCUGCUCAAAUUUAUGACCUACUGAAACUCUAUUGCGAUCCGCUGAUGGCAAGACUGAUGACAAAAGCCAAUCUAGCUACGGACGAGGAUGGAAAACUUGCAGUUGCAGAUCAUCUGCAGUUGAUAACUUUCUUCGUCCAGCUUGUCACCCCUUAUGUGGAACCCGGUCAAGAGAAUCCAGCCGUCAAAUACUGCCAGGAAAUAUUCCCAGUCUUGUCGACCAUCCUAGAAUCAUUCAUCCAGUUUAUCCCGAUUUGUGAGCGAAUUUGUCGUUGCUGGCGAUACAUGGUUAUUUCAUACCGCACCGCCAUGGCACCUCUGCUACCCCAGAUGGCUAACAAGCUAGCCAGCGGCUUUGCUGUUUCAAAGCAGGGCUGUUUCCUCUGGGUCACAAGUGCAAUUUUACGGGAAUUCUCCGAGGAUCGAGAGCACGUCGAUGAGCAGACAACAGAAGCCAUCUAUGCAUUUUUCGAAGCGCAGUCAACCAAUAUGCUUCGAAUGAUGAGCAAUCUUCCACCGCAAGACUUGCCUGAUGUAAUUGAGGAUUUCUAUCGCCUCCUGAUAGAUGCGCUGCUCUAUUAUCCCCACAAGCUCGUUCGAUCAGAGUUGUUCUCACCUAUAUUCCAAGCUGCGAUCGCCGCUUUAGCUCUCGAGCAAAGAGAUCCCCUCUCGGCUUCUCUGCAUUACAUUCGAGAUGUCAUCGGUUAUGGUGGCGAUAAUCCUCCCAGCUCAAGCAGUAGUCCCAACCCCCCAGAAAUCCAGCACACUGUGCAAGAGCUCAUCCUCUCCAACGGGGAGCAACUUGUCAAAUCUAUCAUGGCAGGCAUGAUGAUUACCUUCCCCAACGACUGUUUUUCAGAUGGAAGUGGCGUUCUCCUCGGCCUCUUCGAGAUCAUGCCACAACAGACCACCGCCUGGGUCGACAAAACCGUCAGAAUGUUACCACCAGGUACAGUAAGCGAGAACGAAAUUGACCGCCUCUUGGCUGGUAUCCGGGACCGACUUUCGCUUGGACGCGAUGGUCUACGAAAGGUUCGCAGUCUUCUUCAGGACUUCACGAACAGCUAUCGCCGACGAUACGUCGCUCCUAGAGAUGGCCUUGGGGAUCUCGAAGCUACAAGAUUCCGGUUCAAUGGCUAGAUAUAUGAAUCGUUUAUGUCUCUUCCGGGUUUUGAUCAUUUCUUUCGUCUCCCCUCUUUUUGAUGCAUGGCAUAGCGGUGAUAGGCGGG